AAGAAAAAAAAAAUCAAAGAGAUAAAGUUAUCUACCUUUUUCUCCUUCUCCUUGAUGAUAGAAAUUUUCUUUCAGUUUCUCGCCUCCCAAACAGACCCAACUUUCAAUCUCUGACACAUCCCUGCACAAAAACUCUGUACAGGAAAAACUUUUGUUAGUCCUCUUCAAAAGAUAUUUGUCCCUUUUCUCCCAAAAGUUGCUCGCCUUUCGAAUCUAUUCUCUCUCCCUUUCUCUUUCUUUCUCCCUUAACCGAUCAUGCUUCAAAGCUUAGUUCCUCAAUCUCCAAUCAAUUCCAACACCAGCUCCAAUCCUAGCUCCUCCAUGAAGUCAAAGCGCGUCGAAAGAGACGUCUCCGCUGCCCCCGGGGAAGAUUCCGCUGCCGCUGAUCCUUCUAACAAGCGUCCCAACUACUCCUCCGGCGAUAAAAUGGUUGUUGUCGAUGAACAGGAGGAAACGGUGAUCGAAGGUGAGUCCACGGGGCUAAGGCUUUUAGGUCUCCUCCUCCAAUGCGCCGAAUGCGUCGCGAUGGAUAACCUCGACGACGCCACCGAUCUUUUACCUGAAAUCUCUGAGCUAUCUACUCCGUUUGGUUCGUCUCCCGAACGCGUCGGCGCGUACUUCGCACACGCUCUACAGGCACGUGUGGUUAGUUCUUGCUUGAGAACAUAUUCUCCCCUCGACAACAAAUCGCUUACCUUGACUCAGUCUCAAAAGAUCUUCAAUGCUCUCCAAUCUUACAAUUCGAUAAGUCCUUUGGUCAAAUUCUCUCACUUCACCGCCAAUCAAGCCAUAUUCCAAGCAUUGAGCGGUGAGGAUUGUGUCCACGUUAUCGAUCUCGACAUCAUGCAAGGUCUCCAAUGGCCAGGUCUAUUCCACAUACUCGCUUCCCGCUCCAAAAAGAUCCGAUCGAUGAGAAUCACCGGGUUCGGAUCCUCCUCGGAGCUUCUAGAAUUGACCGGGAAAAGACUCGCCGAUUUCGCGGCUUCGUUAGGGUUACCAUUCGAGUUCCAUCCCCUGGAGGGAAAAAUAGGGAACGUAACAGAUCUGAGUCAACUCGGUGUCCGGUCGAGCGAAGCGGUGGUGGUUCACUGUAUGCAUCAUUGCUUAUACGACGUGACGGGGAGCGAUUUAGCGACGCUGAGAUUGCUGACGGUUCUGAAGCCGAAACUAAUCACGAUCGUCGAACAGGACUUGAGUCACGGAGGUAGUUUCCUCGGGAGGUUCGUGGAGGCAUUGCAUUACUACAGCGCGUUGUUCGACGCGCUGGGGGACGGAUUGGGUGUGGAUAGCCUGGAGAGGCAUACGGUGGAGCAGCAGCUGUUCGGGAGCGAGAUCAGGAACAUCGUGGCGGUGGGUGGGCCCAAGAGGACGGGGGAGGUUAAGGUGGAGAGAUGGGGAGAGGAGUUGAGACGGGUCGGGUUUCAACCCGUAUCGUUGGGUGGGAACCCGGCAGCACAGGCCAGUCUUCUGCUGGGGAUGUUCCCUUGGAAAGGGUAUACGCUGUUGGAGGAGAAUGGGUGCCUCAAGUUAGGGUGGAAAGAUUUGUCCUUGUUGACCGCCUCCGCCUGGCAGCCGUCCGAUUAAAAUACUCUUUUUAAUAUGUUUUUUCUUUUUUGUAUCUAAAAUUCUAUUAAAAUUAUAGUCCCUCAACUCCUCGAGAAUUUUGGAUUAAGAACUUCUCGUCUUUCAUAAUAAUGGAGAAACCACUCACUUCUCAAUUCA